AUGAAAUCCUCUAUCGCGUCUCUGUCUCUCGUCUCUCUUGCGCUGUGCGCCACAGGCAUUGCAUCUACACUGCCCACCAGGACGCUCCAGCGCCGCGCCGACUUCUGCGGCCAAUGGGACUCAACCACAACGGGCAGCUAUAUUGUCUACAACAACCUCUGGGGCCUGAGCUCCGAUGAAUCCGGCACGCAGUGCACAGGCGUUGACUCGCUGAGCGGCUCGACGAUCUCCUGGUACACCACUUACUCGUGGUCCGGGGAUACCAGCCAGGUUAAGAGCUAUGCCAACGUUGCGUUGCAGUUCACCGCGCAGCAGCUGAGUGCGAUCAGCAGCAUCGAGUCUACAUGGGAUUGGAGCUACUCCACUACAGACAUCACAGCCGACGUCUCGUACGACAUGUUCCUCAGCUCGAGCGCCUCCGGGUCCGACGAGUACGAGAUCAUGGUGUGGCUAGCAGCGCUGGGUGGCGCAGGCCCGAUCUCAUCGACCGGCUCGACCGUCGCCACGCCGACCAUCAACGGCGUCACCUGGAAGCUGUACUAUGGUCUGAACGGGAGCACGUAUGUGUACAGCUUUGUGGCGGAGUCCGAGGUGACCAGCUUCUCGGGGGAUAUGCUCCAGUUCUUCAAGUAUCUCGAGGAGUACGAGGGCGUGAGCUCCAGUCUGUAUCUCAUAGAUGUGCAGGCGGGAACGGAACCCUUCACUGGCACGGCUGAGCUGACGACCUCGGCUUACUCUGUGGUUGUUUCUUGA